UCCAGCCACAACAAUGUGUAUCCUCAUCGAUUGCUAGGUCCACCAUCUAUAACAUUAAAUACUCCUCCACUCUUGCUGUUCUUAAACCUGAAGCAUUUCUCCCAAAUCAUGUCUUCUUCUCCCUCCCUCCAAUGGCUUAGCUUAGUUGGUACCAUCUGGCUUCAAUCCAUCAACAGUGCAAACUCUGACUUCCCAGUAUACUCCUCUCAGCUCAAACAACUACUUUCCAUCUCACAGAUUCAGCUUAACAACCUUUCCUUCGCCUCUGAUGCCGGAAAACUCUUUGGCUGGCUUUCUGGACUCGCAGCCACCUAUCUCCCUCUCCGACUUGUCCUGCUCAUUGGUGCAGCCUUCAGCUUCAUUGGCUAUGGCGUUCAGUAUCUUUUCUUAGCAAACAAGAUCUCAAAUUUAACAUAUUGGCAAGUUUUCUUGCUUACUUCAGUGGCUGGUAAUGGCAUCUGUUGGAUCAAUACUGUAUGCUAUUUAAUCUGUAUCAGAAGUUUCUCUUUAGAUAGCUCUGUUGCUGUUGGAAUUUCUACAAGCUAUGUUGGCUUAAGUGCCAAGCUUUAUACGGCAUUGGCUGAUUCAGUUUUUCAUCCAGAACAUGACCAGAAGGCCAGAGCUUAUCUUCUCCUUAAUGCUGUUUGUCCUCUUUUUGUAGCUUCUGCUGUUUCUCCAUUGCUUCGAGUGGCAGAUAGCAGAGAGGAUGGAGGAUCAAACGGCGCUUUUGUGGCGAUGUUCGUAAUCGCGAUCGCGACGGGAACUUGUUCAGUUCUUGGCAGCAUUGGCUCUGCUUCCAGUGGAUUUUGGUCUAGAGAACAUAUGAUAAGUCUGGGAGUGCUUUUGAUUGCACCGGUCGUGAUACCAGUUUUUCUUAAAUUUAGAGAAGGAUUUGAGAACAAGAAGGAAAAUAGAGUUCAUGAUUUUACUCUGGAUGAUGUUGGAGGAGCAGAUAGAGUGGUAGUUUCCGUGCUUAAGAAUGAAGGAGCUGAUGAUGGAAAGGUGAAGAAACAAAUUAGCUUGAUAUUGAUGCUAAAAAAAAUAGACUUUUGGCUGUAUUUCUUCGGUUAUAUGUUCAGCGCAACACUUGGUAUGGUGUUCUUGAACAACUUGGGGCAGAUCACCGAAUCCCGCGGCCUCUCUCGAACUUCUUCCAUCGUUUCCUUGUCUUCUUCGUUUGGCUUUUUUGGCAGACUCCUUCCUUCCAUUCUAGACUAUUAUGUUGGAAAAAGAGGAUUCAAGUUCUCAAGGUCGGGUCUUAUGGCGACAAUGAUGGCUCCAAUAGCAGGAUCUUUCUUCCUGCUGCUCAAGUCAAGCAGCCUGAUAUUAUAUGCCAGCACCGCCAUUAUAGGAGCUUGUUCGGGAGCGAUAACUUCUGUAGCUGUCUCGGCGACGACAGAGCUAUUCGGAACCAAACAUUUUGCGGUGAAUCAUAACGUCGUUGUCAUGAACAUUCCAUUCGGGUCCUUCCUCUUCGGCUACAUGUCUGCUGUCUUUUACCAGAAGGAAGGGGGAAGCAACACCUGCUUUGGUGAUGAUUGCUACAACAGGACCUUCAUCAUCUUUGGUUCUGUCUGCUCUUUGGGAACAUUUCUAUCAGCAAUCCUGUAUGCUCGAAGCCGCGGAUUUCGUUCCAUGGUUUGGGAAAUGGAGGUUGAUUCAGACGAAAGGAUGAGUGAUUCUAGUUGCUAGGAAUAUCAACUUUUUAGUAGUAUUGAAUAAUUUAGUUGAAGAACAUCAUACUUGAAAAUGGUAAUAGUGUGUAGUGAGUAGUGAGUAGUGGACUCCGUGAUUAUCAUGUCACUGAGAACGGCUGGGAUUUUCUCUUAUAAUUUAU